ACCUCUUUCUCUCUAAAACCCUUCUCCUUCUUCUUCUUCUUCUUCUUCUUCUUCUUCUUCUUCUUCUUCCUUCUUCUUCAACCUCUGAAAAUGACUUCAGCUACCUCCCACCUAUUCAAGACCCUAUCAAUAACAGCAGACUCAUGCGCUCUCUCUCUCCCUCACCUCUUCUCCUCCAAAACCCCCAACGCAUUUCUCUCCAUCCCCACCAGACCCACCACCACCGCCAAGCUCCACCUCUCCCACUCCUUUGCUCCUCUCCGGAGCAAGACCCACUUCUCUUCCUUAGUCUCAUACGUGGCCCAGACCUCGGAUUGGGCCCAGCAGGAGGAGGACAGCCCAGUCGCCAUUGAUGGAGCUGAGGAGAGCGGCGAGGAGGGUGUGUUUGAGGAGAGAGAAGAGGAGGUGGCGCCGGUUGAGCCGCCGGAGGAGGCCAAGAUUUUUGUUGGGAAUUUGCCGUUUGAUGUUGACAGUGAGAGACUGGCUCAGCUGUUUGAGAAGGCUGGAGUUGUCGAGAUUGCUGAGGUUAUUUACAACAGGGACACUGACCAGAGCCGUGGAUUCGGGUUUGUGACUAUGAGCACUGUGGAAGAAGCUGAUAGGGCUGUGGAACAGUUCAGUCGCUACGAUUUGAAUGGAAGACUCUUGACUGUCAACAAGGCUGCUCCAAGAGGAACACGCGCAGAGCGUCCUCCGCGUUCUUUUGAAUCUUCUUAUAGAAUCUAUGUUGGUAACCUGCCAUGGAAUGUGGAUAAUGGUGAACUUGAACAGCUUUUCAGUAAACACGGUAGGGUGGUAGAUGCGCGUGUAGUCUUUGACAGAGAAACUGGACGAUCACGUGGUUUUGGCUUUGUAACAAUGGCCAGUGAAUCGGACAUGAAUGAUGCCAUUGGUGCUCUGGAUGGAGAGAGUUUGGAUGGCAGGGCAAUCAGAGUAAAUGUUGCCGAGGAAAGACAAAGGCGCUUUUGAUUUUAACUGAGAUGAAAUCAAAGUUCUGGUUUUGGUUCCUUGUCUUUAGACGAGAUUUUGUGUCGGUCAACUUCAAGCGAGCUUCUCUGUUUUAUGAUUUCUGCUAUUAGGGUUGUUUAUGUCGAAAUCAUGUAUAAUUUGUACUUUUGUCUCCACUGAAUUUUGGGGCAUAACUGUUAUUGCCAUUUGGUUUGAAGUGCCGCAACUGGAUGUUAUUUAGUUUCAUUUGCAUAUUAUAAAUUGGUUUACAGGCUGGAUAAAGAUA